AUGUCAGCUUCCACCCAAUACGGCGCCGAAGGAGGACAGUGGUACAAAGCAAGCGAUGGAAACUGGUAUCUCUAUACAGAAUCAUCCUACUCGAAUACAACCCCGGCAUCAACUCAGCAAUACCAUCAAGCCCAAUAUGCUGAGCAACGCCCCAUCUAUCACCAGUAUGCGGACAACACGGCGGAAGCUGGAAGCUUCCAUGGAGACUAUACUGACGACGGCCUCGCUGUGACCUCCUCAUCUACUGAAGGUGGAUCAAAGGAGACUGCCAAGUAUGUCAAGAAGCAAGAGAAAGAACGAAGACACCGGGAGGAACUACGGGAAGGCGGUCGAUCCACUCGGACUAAACAUAAGAGCAACACCAAGAAAAAGAUUGACGAGACUCUCAAGCCAUUCUACAAUAGCAAAUAG